AUAGUUGGCAAGCAACGCUAGUCCAGACCUGGUCCAGACUCAUGGGUCGUGGCUAGAUGCUGCGCACGAGUCAAGUCUCCAUUCCGGAAGUUUAUAACGGAAACAGGAACAUCUAUCUGUCAGCUGAAAUUCACUGGUUGUGCACAAAGCUCUCCCAGGGAUAAUUCUCCCUGUAUGAAUAUAUAUAUAUUUCUGCCUGCCUGACUCCACCAUGUCCCGUGCCCGCCCGCCCCCUCUGGUCACGGGUAUCUCGCCCAACGAGGGCACCGCCUGGACCAAAGUCACCAUCCGGGGGGAGAACCUCGGCAUGGGCGCUGCUGACUUAAUCGGCCUGUCGAUCUGCGGCCAUAGCUGUCUGCUGACGGCCGAGUGGAUGUCCGCAAGUAAGAUAGUGUGCCGUGUGGGUCCAGCCAAGGACGACAAGGGGGAAAUCAUCGUCACAACUAAGUCCGGAGGCAACGGCACCUCCACGGUCUCCUUCAAACUCCUCAAGCCCGACAAAAUUGGUAUCCUGGACCAGUCCGCCGUGUGGGUGGACGAGAUGAACUACUACGACAUGCGCACGGACCGCAACAAAGGCAUCUCGCCGCUCUCCCUGCGACCCAGCAACCCCCUGGGCAUCGACAUCGACAAGGGUAAACUCCUUCAGACGGACAUGGAGCAGACGUUUCCGGGGAUGAGUGGGGACUUCACCAGUGAGAACUUCUCUGCCACCUGGUACCUCAUAGAGAACCACUCGGGCACCGGAUUCGACCAGUUGCGCUUAGCAGCUAACAACCUGAAGAAGCAGGCCACUAAGAAGAACGAAGGCAGUCUGGCUUAUGUCAAGGGAGGCCUCAGCACCUUCUUUGAAGCCCAGGACGCUCUGGCAGCGAUCCACCAGAAGCUGGAGUCAGACGGCACGGAGAAGGUGGAGGGAUCCAUGACCCAGCGUCUCGAAAACGUCCUCAACAGGGCGAGCGACACUGCAGACACUCUGUUCCAGGAGGUGCUGGGACGGAAGGACAAAGCGGACUCCACCCGCAACGCCCUCAACGUCCUGCAGAGGUUCAAGUUCCUUUUCAACCUGCCACUCAACAUAGAGCGCAAUAUCCAGAAGGGCGAUUACGACGUGGUGAUCAACGACUAUGAGAAAGCCAAAUCCCUGUUUGGAAACACUGAGGUGCCCGUUUUCAAAAAAGUGUACGCUGAGGUGGAGAUGAGGAUCGGGGCUCUGAGGAGCCUGCUCUUGGAGAAGCUGUUGGAGACCCCGUCCACCCUCCACGACCAGAAGAGAUACAUCAGGUACCUGUCUGACCUCCAUGCUCCAGGGGACCCCGCCUGGCAAUGCAUCUACGCUCAGCAUAAGUGGAUCCUGCAGCUCCUGCAGAACUGCAGGGAUGAGUUCAUUACUGGCCAGAGAGUGGGUGUCGGGGCUUUGGACCUCGACGGGGAUACCCGACCCUCGGCUCUGAGGAUGAGCCACACGGCCUCGUUGAAGAGGGGGGGCAGCCUGCGUACGCCACGUCCCAGCACCUGGCGUUUUGAGACCCCCCAACAGGUGCAGUUUGUGGAGAAGCUGUCGGACGUGGUCAUCGGUCAGCUGCCUAACUUCUGGAAGCUCUGGAUCUCCUACGUCAACGGGAGCCUCUUCAGCGAGACCGGAGAGAAGUCCGGCCAAGUGGAGAGGUCCAAGAAGAAUGCCCGGCAGAGACAGAAUGAUUUUAAGAAAAUGAUAGAGGAACUGACCCACCGGCUUGUGAAGCUAGUGCGGGGGGCCCUCCUGCCGGCCACGCUUCCCCCGGGGGAGCUGGGUCUCUACGGGGGCUGGGAGAACAAGACGGAGCUCACGGGCCUCUGGGUGACGCAGGUCAUCCACACCGUCAGGUGUUGCCAUGAUGCUCUAGCCACACUGGAGAUUCCCAAUGAUCUGUUGCAGGUGAUCCAGGACCUGCUGCUGGACCUGAGAGUGCACUGCCUGCUGGUCAGCCUGCAGCACACCACCGAGGAUGUGAAGAAGCUUGCUGAGAAAGAGGAUUGGGUGGUUGAUAAUGAGGGACUCACCAGCCUGCCCGCCCAGUUUGAGCAGUGCGUGGUCCAGAUGCUACAGUCACUCACAGAGCCCAUGGAAACCAAACCUGGGGAGAUCAAUGUUCUCCAGCUGGAUCUGGCCCAGGACCGUGCAUCAGAGCUGUGCGUGGUCAUCAUGAAGGCCUUCAUCAGCUGCAUGGAGCAGCUGAGUAUGAAGACGGACAGCGACAGUUCCCACACGUCGGUGGACCUCGCCUCUCCGAACACCUUCAGCAGCGCUCAGGAGGAAUUCAGUCCCACGCCGGAACAGCGUCUGCUGAUCAUCCUCAGCAACUGCCAGUACCUGGAGAAACACACCUUUAUCAACCUUGCCGAGCACUUUGAGAAGCAUGGAUUCACAGGCACAGAGAAGAUCACACGGGCCAGCAGGGAGGCGGUGCGUGACCUGGACCAGACCUUGUUUGACGCCUACAUCCAGAGGAAGUCUGACCCCAUCGUGGGCUCCCUGGAGCCCGGCAUCUACGCCGGAUACUUUGACUGGAGGGACUGCCAGCCACCUACAGGUGUGAGAAACUACCUGAAGGAAGCGCUGGUCAGCAUCAUCACCGUGCACGCUGAGGUCUUCACUAUUUCCAAGGAGCUGGUGCCAAGGAUUCUAUCCAAAAUAGUUGAAGCGGUUGCCGAAGAGAUGUGUCGUCUGAUGCACUGUGUGCCCUCUUUCAGCAAAAACGGAGCCAUGCAGGCCCGUCUGGAGCUGUGGGCACUGAGAGACGCGGUGGCCUGCUACCUGACCGCCGACAGCAAUGCAAACUUCAGGCAGGCGUUGGAGCCUCUUCCUCAGCUCCACAGCGGAGCCGACAAGAAGUCACAGGAGGAGCUCCUCAACACGUUCAAGAGUGGCAUGCAGCUACAGCUCACUUGCUUCCAGCCCUCUUCUGUUCAGCCCGUCAAGAGAUAGAACCACCAGAACAUGUCUCAACUUGCUCUGCUCCACUGAUGUGCUUACGGGCAACGAUGCUCACUAUAAUCUCUGCAAUGUAUCGAUGUACCCAGAAUAAAUCGAAAUCAAGUCCCUUUAACAAAUCUGCCUCUUGUUAUUCCGAAAGAUGAAGCCAUGAAUGCAAAUUAUUUGGAAGACCACUCAUUUCCCUAACUUUCAUUUUGCAAGGAAACGAAAACCAAAUUAACGUCGACCCUAGAAUAUUUUGGCCAUUUUCACUCUAGGCUUUUCCUCAGCACUCCGUUUAGGUUGGAUCUCGGCAUUAUCUGGUUACAAGGGUCCAAACUGUUUGUAAUUCUCAUUUCUCUUUUCCAUCUCAAAUGGCCACCAUGAUCUGCUCGUCCAUCAACAUGAACAAUUCAAAGCAAAAUACGCCUUAGGAGUUGCAGUUAUUUAGCCACAGGGGUGUGGUUAGGUGUCAUACGUACAAGCAGACUAUUCAUCUAUGGAAAACCUGAGCGUUUGUCUCGCAGGCCGGAGAACGUUUGUGGGCGUGCAAGUGUACGGGAAAGCCUGAAGCCCGUUAGAGAGACGGUUAGACACCAUCAGCCACAUAAACUGUACACGCAUUGUAACCCAGAAAGAAUAAGGUAGUGAGUGUCAAAGCAAAUCUAGCAUCACAAUUGUGGUCACUACACUCAGACACCAAAGGGCACAUGGUGCCACACCUUUAGGUCCCACGUGAGAGAAAAAACGAACGCACAAAUGUAUGUACAUGAUCUUAAGAUUGUUGCAGAAGGUCUCUAUAGUAACGGUAUUCUGUCUCUUUAAACUCAAAUCUCUGCAAUCAUAAACGCACCUUGUGUAUCUGUGGGUUUUUUCUCAGGAGGGGAGGAUCAAGUUGUUUUGAUUCUCUAUCUAAAGUUAACUUCCUGUCCACCCACUGAUUAAUUCAACAAAGGAGGUUCAAAGUAACCACUUUGUGUCAUUUUUUCUCCACUGUUUCUCCGUUUACAGUAAAACAACUGAGCAGGGGACUUUUGCGUCAAAGUAUUAUUUAUUUUUUUUAGAUGUUCCAAUUCUGGAAAAAAUUACAAGUCUAGUUAUUUGCCCAGACUCAGUUGAUUUUAAGUGUGGAAUAAGAUUUCACUGCAUGUGGAAAAAUAUAAAAUGUAAUAGAUUUAAUGGAAGAGAUCAUCGCAAGCCAAACUUGACAACACAGUGAUUGAUACAUUUUUGUUACUGUACAAAACACUUGUUUUUGCAACUUGCUACCAGAUACAUAUAAAAUAUAUAAAUAUAUCUCCCAAUACCAACCAGACAUCUGACCCUUUAAUAAAAUAGAAUCCAAUUACACUUGGAUUCUAUUUUUUAGAUGCAGAGGUGUGUACCUAUACAAAUGUGAGCUGGUAGAUCUGCAGUGAAGAUAACGGGUAGUACUUUAGUGGAACUUAAUCUAGUUCCACCCUUGUUUAUCCUUUCAGACAAAUUGUACAGCGGAAAAGUCUUUAGUUUUUAAAACUUUUUUUUCUUCUUUUUCCGUGGAAGUGGAAAUAUUAUCUACAGCGUUAGAAGAAGGCACUCUUCGGCAUACAACGGAAAGAGAGGCCAACCUCUUCCUCUUCCUCCCGUGUUGAUGUCAUCAAGUUGGUUAUAAUAUCUGUUUGACUAACCAGCCGAAUCACACUUCCUGAAUGCCUACCUACGUAUGUAUGAGUGUUUUUUAUGCAUGUUCAGAUGUUUUCUUUCAUCCCAAAGCAUCCCAAUAUUGGCAGACCAAGUUUCAAAGAAACUUUGAAUUUUGGUCUAAAUUUGUCUAAGUGUUUUCCAUAUGUAUACAAUCUUCUUAAAUACAUCAUUAUUUAUACUGUUAAUAAUUCAACCUUAAAGAAGGUACCUGUGGUCACACUGAUAGUGAAGUGGUUGUACAAAGUCUGCCUCAGACAGUUCCUCAGAUUCUGUCUUGUUCUGGCGGAGCCUAUUUUCAUUCAUAACUCCCAGUCAGUGCAGCCCAGAUAACAUCUGUCUCUAUACAACCCUGAAAUCACGUCUCAUACACAUUGAGAAAAAAAACAAUAGCACAUAAUACAUAUUUAACAUAACUGUUUUUAGUCCAAGAUGUUUGGUCCAUGUUUGUUGAUUUCGCUGUUACCAACAGUUUCACCGAUUUUGCAGCUCAACCAAUCGGGAUUUCAUGUUAGUGACAUCCAAACGUGUCUGCUCCUUUAUCCAUCCAAGUAUCCAACAUCGGUCGUGAUCACUCCUGCAUCAUACUGCCGUGGUGGUGAUGGUGGUGUGAGAUUGCCCGCUGAUAGUCCUCAGAGGGGCUUAUGUGUUCUGGGACACCGUGGUGCUCGUAGCCACGAUAAUAGUGUCCGCCGGUUUGCUGGGCAUAGUAAAACAGCUGCCUUGCAAACAAGGGUUCCACCUGCAGGAUGAAAGGAAGCAGGAGUGAAUGUGUUGGCAUCAGACUGCUGAUCAUUCAGUGCGUAUAUAAGGUCAACCCUGUGCAUCCCAUGUGCGUGCCCAGAAAUCGUACCUGCACGGUGAGGCUCCUUCUUGGUCUCUCCGUGUCGACACACUCGUCCCCAAAACACAGCAAGGCCUGGAAAGGAGGUAUGGGCCGGCCAUGGGGCCCAUAACUUUGGAUUUCUGAAAAACAGGUAGUGGCAUUUUGUCAAUGAGUGUUCAGCUGAACAUGAUCUCACAACCACAUCUGGCUAAAUGAGCUGAAGUAGUAAGGCUUUCGGGUGAAACAAAAGACAGAAAUUCCAAUGAAGUGGCAUUGACAUUUUGGGUUACUAUGAC